CUUAAGACACGCUGCAGAAAACACAACCGUUUUAUAUAGUAUUUCCACAGUCAAUAUAAUGAUUUUCGUGGUGGCCGUUAUACUUUUUUUUAUUAUUUUCUGCAUUUUCGACAUCAUCACUCCUGACAAGUAUCCUGUUGGGCCCAAACGGUUUCCGUUGUUUGGCAGCUAUUUGGAAAUCCGAAAGUUGAGAAAGAAAUUGGUGUUCUACCAUUUGGUUUGGGACCAUUUGGCUCAGCAAUUCGGUCAGGUGUUCUCAGUGAAACUCGGUCGGAUCGAAGCAGUCGUUGUGUCCGGAUACGAUGCCGUACGCCAAGUGCUGUGCAAAGAUGAUUUUGACGGUCGGCCGGACGGGUUCUUCUUUAGGUUCAGAGCGUUCUACAAGCGAUUGGGUAUUGUAUUCGUGGACGGACCGGUGUGGACCGAACAGCGAAAGUUUUGCAUGCAGCAUUUGCGCAAAAUGGGAUUGGGCGGCGAUUUGAUGGAGAGGCUCAUCAGCGAAGAAGUAAAUGAUCUGAUGUUGGACAUUAAGAAAAGAAGCAACAACGGUAACAAACAAAUCGAGGUCUACGGAUUGUUCGACGUGUCUGUGCUGAACGGCCUCUGGACCAUGCUGGCCGGCCAAAGGUUCAACCUUUACGACGCCAAAUUGGCGAAGCUAAUGGAACUAGUGCACGUCAGCUUUAGAAUGUUAGACAUGUCCGGAGGCAUAUUGAACCAGAUGCCGUUCAUCAGAUACUUGGCCCCAAAGUGUUCAGGAUACAGAGACAUAGAACACAUACUCAACGAGUUCUAUUCGUUUCUCAGGGGGUCGGUGGAGGAACACAAACACGAGGUUAGUGACGAGGACGAUUUGAUAUGCGCGUUCCUUAAGGAGAUCGAAAAGAACAAAGAGUCGACCAAAUCUUUUUCCGAAGAACAACUGCUGGUUCUGCUGUUGGACCUGUUCUUGGCCGGUUCGGAGACUACAGGCAGCACUUUGUCGUUUGUCGUUCUUCACCUUCUCAGACACCAAGACGUGCAAGCCAAAGUCCACGCCGAACUCGACGCCAUGGUCGGAGAUCGUGAAGUCCUGUUGUCCGACAAAAACAAAUUGACGUACCUCGAAGCCACGUUGAUGGAAGUGCAGCGACACAGUAAUGUAGCACCUUUGGCCAUUGCGCACCGAACAGUGCGAAAAACCAGUUUGCAAGAGUACAUCAUUCCAAACAAUACACUGAUUUUGGCAAGCAUUUGGAGUGUUCACAUGGACAAACAACAUUGGGGAGACCCCGAGACGUUUCGACCGGAAAGGUUUCUAGAUGGAUCAGGAAAAAUAAUUAACGACAGUUGGUUCAUACCUUUUGGAAUUGGCAGGAGAAGAUGUUUGGGUGAAGUAUUAGCCAAGACCAAUGUGUUCAUGUUUGUUGCAAAAUUGUUACAAAAUUUUGAACUCCGAGUGCCAAAUGGAGUCCAACUACCGACCAAUCACCAAGAAGGAGUCACUAUAUCUCCAUCUCCGUUUUCGGCUCUCUUUAUACCGAGACGACAUCAUUUACAUAAUCAUCAAAAUAAUAAAAUAUAACAUCGACAAACCAUCUCGAUGAAUACCAGCUAGCUCGAUAAUCUUUAAAUAACAAAUAAAUUAAUAUUAUAAUAUUUAUUUACCGAAGAGUGAAGAACUGACAAACAUAAUAUAAAAUAUAUAGUAAUACUCAUUAUAUAACAUGAAGUGUAAUGACUUAUGCUUUGGUCCUGCAAGUUCAUACAUUUGCUUGUUUUUAUUGAAUGGUUCAAAAUAAUAGAAAACAUGCUAAUUUUAGUUUUUCACCAAUUUAUAUUAUUUAAUUAACUUAGAAUAUAUUUUCCAACGGGCGACAACUAAAGAAAUACGCAUUUUUAAACAGAUUUAAAACAUAUUAAAUGCAUACUUGAUUACAAGCUAAAUUUGUUUUGGAAACAUGUAUUUUAGGAUUUAGCAGCUAGUUAUUUCCAUAUUGUAUGAACUUCCAUGGCCUAGAGUUAUUCUAUUUAAUUAACCCUUAUUAAAUAUUAUUAUAACACCUAAUUAAUAUAUUUUGUUAAAACCGUGACAAAAAUUGACAUUUAUUGUACAGCUUGAGAUUAUUUUUUUACAUGUUUUAACACAUAACUUUACACAUAUGACCUUACCGCGUACAAUAAUCUUUAAUUUUUUUGCCAUUGGGUACGUUACAGAAUACACAACAUGUAGGAAAUUAUUUUAAUUUAUUUAUUAUUUACAACUACAGGUAUACUACCUUAA